AUGUCGUCCGAGAACUUGCUCCCCAGACCGCCGUACGACCCUCAGCUGGUCCCGGCUCUGGAACGAAUAAAUCCAUACCCUCGAUCUGUAGACGAGAUCGUUGGAGGACGACAGCUGCGUGCCGCGUUGAUGGCGCCCGUGCAAGCAGCCAUACGUAACGACGAGGGCCUGCUGGUGGAGGAUCGCACGAUCCCGGGACCAGGCGGCGAGCUUCCCCUCGUCAUUGUCCAGUCUCGGAGCCCGAAGACGGCCAGCGGCGAGCGGCCGGGGAUCGUCUACUUCCACCCCGGCGGGAUGGUCAUUGGAGACGCCUUUCUCGCGAUCGAACCGUUCGUCAGGAUCGCCAGGGAGCUCGACGCCAUCGUCGUCAGCGUCGAGUACCGGCUCGCUCCCGAGCACCCAGCGCCCGCGCCCCAGGACGACUGCUACGCGGGGCUGGUCUGGACGAGCGAGCACGCGGCGGCGCUCGGCAUCGACCCCGCCCGUCUCAUGGUGGCGGGGGUGUCCGGAGGCGGCGGGCUCGCGGCGGGCGCUGCGCUGAGGGCGCGCGAUGACGCCGCGGGUCCGAAGCUCUGCGCCCAGCUGCUGGUGUACCCGAUGCUCGACGACCGCGACACGGGCGUGUCCAAGAGGCAGUUCAGGAACGACACAGCCUACGACGCCACGGACAACCAGGGGGCCUGGACGUGCGUGCUGGGCGACAAGGCGGGCGUGGAGGGCGCAGACGUCAGCCCCUACGUCGCGCCGGGCAGGGCGACGGACCUGUCCGGCCUGCCGCCGGCGUACAUCGACGUCGGGACGGCGGAGCCGUUCAGGGACGAAAACGUGGCGUAUGCGACCAAGCUGUGGGACAGCGGCGUGCAGGCGGACCUGCACGUCUGGAGCGGCGGCUUCCACGGCUUCGACCUGAUGGGGCUGGCUGUCGGAAGCGAGGUGGCCAAGGUCGCGCUCGAGACGAGAAUGGGAUGGGUCAGGCGAAUCUUGGGAAAACGCUAG